UUGUUCCUUACGAGAUCACAGUCUACACCAGCGACAUCUUUGGAGCCGGGACAGAUGCAGAUGUUUUCAUUGUUCUCUAUGGAAGUGAUGGGAUCUGCACUCAGCAGAAGUCCCUGUGUCUCAACAAGAGAGAGCAGAGGAUGUAUUUUGAAAGGAACUCGGUGAACCAGUUCAUUGUGGAGCUGGAGGAUGUUGGUGACAUCAUUGAGAAGAUCCGCAUAGGACACAAUGGUGGAGGAGUGAACGCCGGGUGGCAUUUGGACCGUGUGGCGAUUCGGAGGCUGUUGCCAAACGGGAAGGGCUCGGAAACCGUCACGUUUCCAUGUGAGAGAUGGCUUGCCAAGUCUGAAGACGACGGCGAGAUUGUCAGAGAACUGGUACCAUCUGAUAUUUUUACUGAGAAACUGAUGAAGGAUGGGACACUCAAACAGAUAGAAGAAGAAGUUGAAGACCCAUUAGAAGUUCACACAUACAAGAUCAGCGUGUUCACUGGAGAUAUCUAUGGCGCUGGGACAGAUGCUAAUGUUUUCCUAAAUAUCUACGGAGAUCUGGGGGACAUGGGAGAGAGAAAACUCAGCAAAUCUGAAACAAACUUCAACAAGUUUGAAAGGGGACAGGAGGACACGUUUACCAUCCAGGCUGUGGACCUCGGCAUUUUGUACAAGAUCAAGAUCCGCCACGACAACAGCAUGUUCAGCCCUGACUGGUUCCUGGACAAGGUGGAGAUCCUGGACGAGACCACAGAGGAGUCGUUCGUUUUCCUGUGCGAGCGCUGGCUCUCGAAAAAGAAAGAGGACAAAAAGAUAGAGCGUACGCUUUAUGAGCAGAGCUACGACGGCGAGCGAAACAGCCUGGAUGGGUCAUCCCUCAGCCUGUCGAGUCAGGAUAGCAAUGCAAACCCGGACGAGAAGAAAAAAUCCAGCUUGGUCAAGGCAGCAGAAGAAGGAACACUGAUCCCGUACCACAUCACUGUCACGACGGGCACAGAAUAUGACUCCAGCACCGACAGCCGAGUAUUCAUCAUCAUCAUGGGUCCCCAGAAGGUGCAAACGGAAAGGUUGUGGCUGGAUCUCCCAGAAGGAAAAGACGAGUUUGCAGAUGGCUCCGUAGAGAAAUUCUCUGUCUGGGGCCUAGACGUUGGGGAGAUCAAAAGAGUGGAGGUGGGGCACGAUGGCGCUACCCCUGAGAGCUGCUGGCUGGUGGAAGAGCUCACCAUCGUCGUGCCCACCAAAGGCGUCAUGUACAACUUUGUCUGUAAGUGCUGGUUGGCCAGAGACAAAGGUGAUGGUCUCACCUCACGAAUCCUCAACAUCCUGGAUGCUGAGUGUGUUAACGUUGGUCUCAAGAUCCUCUACGAAGUCACGGUUGUGACGGGUGACACCGAAAGCGGCGGUACUGAUGCCAGUAUUUUCAUGACUGUCUUUGGGUCCAAUGGGAACACUGAGGAGAUGCAGCUGGAUAAAAAUGGAGUCAGGUUUGAGCGAGGCCAGGAGGACAGCUUCAUCAUGGAGAUCGCGGAUAUCGCACCCCUCAGGAAGAUGAGGGUCCGGACGGACGGGAAAGGGAUGCGCCCAGACUGGUUCCUGGAAAAGAUUGUUCUGAGGAACCUGACUAAUCAAGAAGUGGCCACAUUUACCUAUGGUGAAUGGCUGUCAAAGCUGAAAAAUGCCAAGGGAAGUCUUGUGUGUGAGAUGCCUGCUGUGGUAAAUGAUGAGCAGAUGAUGGAGGACACGACAUACAGUCUUCAAGUCAAAACCAGUGACGUUGGAGGCAAGUCCAUGGUGGAUAUUUUAUGA